AUGGAUGGUCACACACAGGAACAGCUGCAGCAGAUGCAGCAGCAGCAGCCGCAUCGUCCGGUUCCUGGCUUCUCCAACGUGCUUGAUCAUGGCGAGGACGAGUCACAACAAUCGCAGCAGACACAAGAACCGCAGCAGGCACAGCAACAAGACACAGGGUCGAUCCACAAGCAUCGUCGGCUGACCACAGCUGAGCUUCAGGCUCUCAUGGCGCUGGCCCUGCAACAUGAUCUGCCCAGGAAGAAAGGUCACCAUGGGGUUCGUCGGGAGUGGACCAAGGUCGCCAAUGAGUUCCAGCAGAAGCAUCCAAGUCAGCCCCCACUAUCAGGGAAGGCCGUUCAGGCUCGUGUCUCGAGAGUUGUCGAGGAUGUCAAGGCGGCAGAUUCGAUGGAGUCUCACUCUGGCUCAAGUCUGGCUCCGUAUCCGGAGGUAAUCAUGGAGGCGGCGCGAACGUUUUCCGAGCGCGUUGAUGAGGCCACCGAUGCUAAGGAUGAGCAGCGCAGAAAGAAGUCGAAGGAAGAUGCGGCCUUGGUGUACUCGUCCAUGCUCCCAUCCACGGGAGAGACGAGUGGUGAUGAAGACGACGACGUUCUUCAGGCUAUCUCGUCAAGGGAUCACGAUCUGCGCCAGCAGCAGAUAGAAUUGGAACGCAAACGGCUUGAGCUUGAGGAGCGCCGGUCUGUCAGGGACGACGAACGCCACACACAGAUGAUGGCUUUCAUGCAGACAACCAUGGCCACGCUCGGUGAGCUGACAAAGUCGCUCCGUGGGCGUGACAAUGGACGUGCCAAUGAUGACACUGAUGAUGGUCGUGGUCACACGUGGCAGUUUGUCAAGAGAAACCCCAAAGCAAUAUACUUCCCGACGGGGCUCAGCCCAACCCUCAGGUUUGAGCUGAAUCGCAGGAAUCGCCAGUGA